UUCUCCGUUUUCCAUUUGACUGGGUUUCGGACUUAUGGAGGAUUCCUGUUACUCUUUAUGUCACAGUUUUAUGGCUAAAACCACGGCAGGGCUGUGUUUAACAUUUGCAUUUAUUUUACUGGCACAGAAAUACACUGUUGUUGAACAACAUGCACUAAUUUGACUGGUAAAUGAAUGAGACUCAUUUCCUUAUUAUGAGUAAAAUCCAGAUUAAAAACUAUAAUUACGUUUUAUUUUUAUCUUUGCAGAGAGAAAAAAAACCCGAACUUUUGUUAUUUUAUUUAUUUAUUUUUGUUAUCUCCCACUAUCUAGUGCCAGGUUGGGAUGUUUUCCAAACUGGCACCACGAUUUGUUUCUAGCUUUCUGCCCCUUCACUUCCUUAUGUUCUCCAAAGAGCCUGUGUGUGUUUGUUUGUUUUUCCGUCUCAGAUAAAUGUACAAUGAUGUCUUUAUACUUCUGACACCUCGCCUCACCAUCGUUCUGAUUAAUCUAAAUAGAAAAAUCCCCUUCACAAGUUGUGCAGACCCUCUUCCUUUGUCACUACGUUUUUCCAAACUGAUGUCAUAUUUAUAUCAUUAGGAAAAUGCAUAAGAACCCAUGGAAGGUUUUUUCAUUUUAAGGGUGGAGACACUGAUGACUAGGUGACUGUAAUAAAUCUCCUUCCUCUUUUGGCCUCAUUAGACACUGCUUUAGCAUUUUUGAGUUUACGUCAGUGAAGGGCAGAGCUGCAUCUGAGCCAAAAGCCUUUCGAGAGUAACACUGUUGCUGCUUCUUCACCUUUAGACGGCAUUUGAGCAUUUUUUGGUCCUGGGGUUUUGUGACCCGCCAUGCCGUCGUACACAGUAACUGUUGCCACGGGGAGCCAGUGGUUUGCAGGGACGGACGAUUAUGUCUACAUCACCCUGGUGGGUACGGAGGGAUGCAGCGAGAGGACACUGCUGGACAAACCCCUCUACAACGACUUCGAGAGGGGGGCGGUUGACUCAUAUAAUGUGAAAGUUGAUGAGAACUUGGGUGAUGUCGUACUGGUGAAGAUUGAGAAGAAGAAAUAUUGGAUGCAGGACGACUGGUACUGCAGGUACGUCACUAUCAAGACCCCAUGUGGAGAUUAUGUGGAAUUUCCCUGUUUCCGCUGGCUGGUGGAUGACAAGGAAGUGGUCCUGCGGGAUGGACGAGCAUUUCUGCCUCAGGAUGAUAAAACCAGCAUAGUAAAGCAGCACAGACAAAAAGAGCUGGAUCAGAGAAGAAAAGCCUACAGAUGGAAAGAGUGGCAGCCAGGAUUCCCUCUGAGCAUUGAUGCUAACAGACACAGGGACCUCCCCCGAGACAUCCAGUUUGACAGUGAAAAGGGAGUGGACUUUAUUCUGAAUUACAGUAAGGCAAUUGAGAACUUGUGUGUGAACAGCUUCAUGAACAUGUUUCAGUCUUCAUGGAGCGAUUUUGCUGACUUUGAGAAAAUCUUCGUGAGAAUCAAAAACACAAUCUCAGAGUAUGUGAUGCAACACUGGAAAGAAGACUUCAUGUUCGGCUAUCAGUUUCUGAAUGGUUGCAACCCAGUGUUGAUUUGCAAAUGCACCGAACUCCCUGACAAGUUCCCUGUCACUAAUGAGAUGGUUUCUGUUAGCCUUGAGCGGGACUUGACCCUGGAGCAGGAAAUUAAGGCAGGUAACAUAUUCAUAGUGGACUACGACAUGUUAGAGGGCAUUAAUGCAAACUCCACAGACCCGUACACGCAGCAGUACCUGGCAGCUCCAAUGUGUCUGCUGUACAGGAACCUACGGAACAAGAUCCUGCCCAUAGCUAUACAGCUUGGCCAGGAUCCAGAUGAAAACCCAAUCUUCCUUCCCACUGACGGUCAGUAUGACUGGCUGCUGGCAAAGAUCUGGGUACGAUCAGCUGACUUCCAGCACCACCAGAAUAUCACACACCUGCUCAGGACACAUCUGAUGACAGAGGUGUUUGGUAUCGCCAUGUUCAGACAGCUCCCAGCUGUUCACCCGGUAUUUAAGCUACUCAUCCCGCACAUUCGUUUUACUAUCGCAAUCAAUACAAAGGCCAGAGAACAGCUCAUCUGUGAGUGCGGGAUCUUUGACAAGGCCAAUGCAACCGGCGGAGGCGGUCACAUCCAGCUUGUCCAGAAAGCCACAAAGACGCUGACCUUCAGGUCUCUCUGCUUCCCUGACAUGAUCAAGAGCCGUGGCAUGGACAGUACGGAGGAGCUGCCCACCUAUUUCUACAGGGAUGAUGGCUACAAGGUGUGGGAAGCCACUAAGAGUUUUGUCUCUGAUGUGAUCGGCAUUUACUACACCAGUGACGAGAGAGUGCAGGGAGACGAGGAAAUCCAGGCCUUCGUCAAAGACGUGUGCAGCUUUGGGAUGCAGGACUUCGAUCACUGCGAGUUUCCAAAGUCUCUGAAGACACGCGAUGAACUGGUAGAGUACCUGACUGUCGUUAUAUUCACCGCUUCAUCCCAGCAUGCUGCCGUGAAUUUUGGACAGUAUGACUGGUGCUCCUGGAUCCCCAACGCCCCUUCUACCAUGCGGAAGCCCCCUCCGAAGGAGAAAGGGCAGGUCGAUGUGAAAACAAUCAUUGAGAGCCUUCCUGAUCGCGGCCGGUCCAGCUGGCACCUGGGGGCCGUCUGGGCCCUCAGCCAGUACCAGGAGAAUGAGUUGUAUCUGGGUAUGUAUCCAGACGAACACUUUAUAGAGAAGCCAGUAAAGGACGCCAUGGGAAAAUUCAGGAAGGAACUGGCAGAGAUAACCAGGUCCAUCAAAAGGAGGAACGAGGAAAAGAAGCUGCCGUACUACAACAUGUCUCCGGACAAAAUCCCAAACAGUGUCGCUGUUUGAGGAGCGACACUCGUCUGAUGCAUAUAUCGUCUUUCUGUAUGUUAAAGAGCAGAAGACAUUAAGGUUUCUGCGACGAUGGAAAACAUUGAUUUUGUAAUUUAGAUUUGUCUACAUCGUGAACAUGAUUAGAUAUAAUUCAGAAAAAACAUAAAGCGAAGACUCAGCUGCCAUUUGCAGGUAGCAACAAAUUGACCAAUCAGAGGAGUGUGCUGUGGAAAUAUGGAUUCCACAAAAAGUUCAACUGUUUUUAAUCACUCUUAUUUUCAUAUUUAUCACUUUAUAAAUAAACUGAUACUUCAUCUGUUUUCAACAUAGCUCUCUGUUAUGGAUUGCUAAUCAUACUUCUGUAUCAUAACCCUAUUUAAAAAAAAAAAAAAAAGAUAAUGCAGUCUAGUGACUUUGGAGAUAUGUGCUCUUCAAAUAAAACUUUAUUGGUUCUGUGUGUUACCUUUAUGAAUCCAGUUUGCCUAUACUGUGAAUCAUCCCACAAGGGGAAAAAGUCCUAUUUAUUUUGUAUUCUGAAUUUACUCUUUAUAAAUUUAAAGAUAAUGAAGCCAUGUCAAGAAGUUUAGCUAAACAGUUAAGACCAUAUUAUAAUGCCCUUUUGCAGGGAAUUCAGUAACUCAGUGCAAUCUGCUAGGCUUCCUUAAAUACCUUAAUUAGCAAAAUAUGACCAACAGAAUUGGACUGUAUUGUAUGAAUAUUAUGACUAAUGUAGAAUCUGCAUUUAAAACGGUCCAUAUGAAUGGACUGGUAUGAAUUACAUUGAUUUGAUUUAUAUUUCUGUAAGCUAAGAUUGAAUUUGACCCAUUUAUUAUGCAGUAACAUUUACAUAACAUCUGUUGUACAUUGGUGAUAUACAAAUAAAUAUAAAGAAAUUGUCAAAACUCAGUUUGAAUACAUUUCUUACGAUUCCAGUGAAACACAAUUGAAUCACAAAUGCAGUUCUUUGCCACAAAGCUUAACCACUUACUGCUCGAUUUUGUAUAAUCUGGAUUUUCUGUCAAAAUUUAUAAAUUUGAUUAGGUGUGACUACAGCAUGACCAAUAACAAAUGCAUUUAGAAAUUGGAUUUACACAAUUGAAAAUAACCCCAACCUCCUAGAUAUCAGAAAUUACACAGCAUUGAUUGCAACAUCAAUCACUGUUGUUGCAAUCAACAAGAUGGUGAUGAGAUUAAAUUGGAAAACAAAUAGAAAAAUUUAUGUCCCCAAAAGGACUAGAUGCAUAUAAUCCAAAAUGAUAUAUUUAGAUGAAUUCUUACGAGUCGCACAAGUCCUGUUAGCUUUACAGGAGCAGUCAAAAACACACAAGUGAAAAAGACCCAACUUAAUUUUUAUUUGGUUGUUCUUUUUAAUUCUACAUAUUUGUUCAAACAUUGGAAAUCAACUGAAAACACAUCAAGAUUUCUCUUAAAAACUUACACUUUUACCAAACUCUUUACAGUUACUACCUCAAAGCAAAUUCACAGACAAAAACAUGUGGAAUGAUGUAAGACAGGAGGGGAAAACAGUCAUAUAUGUUCAAGUCCAGUCAGUAGUAAACAAAUGGAGCUUUUUAAUGCAAGUUCCACUAGUCUCAGACAUGAUCCAGUUUAAUGGAAAAAAAACAAAAAAAACAUCAAGGGAAAAUACAAGAGAGCCGAGAGUAAAAUAUUGAGGUUGAAAGAGAAAGAAUGAAGCUCAGUUUCCCAGGCAUGAAUUAUGAACAAUAUGACAGAAAUUUGCAAGUGGCGAUAAUAAAACUUCUGGCUUUUCAUGCUUAUCUGAAUCAAUUCAAGUCAAAAGCAAAUGACUAUCAAAGAGAAAUUUACAUUAAAACCAUCAACUUCAUGAAAGGAGCCAGCUCCUGAGAGUUGAAAGUAAGUGGAAACCACAAAGUUGACGUUUAAUCUUCUCUCUCAGGGAAACUGCAGCUUAAGUCCGAGGUGAUUUUGUUUCUAAAAGUUAAAUGUUGUGGCUUUUAGCUCUGGUUGCAUAUUUAAAACAAGUUCUAACAACUGAUUUUAAAAGAAGAGAGAGAGAAAAAAGAAAUCACUAAAUAUAUGAAUGAAAAACUGUGCAAAAAACAAAAGCGCCAAAAAGAUUUUCUCUUGUACAUGCCUGAAGAAAAAAGAAAAAGAGGAUAGAUGCAAGUUGCGUAAAAACUGGUAAUAGAAGGGUGGGUUUAAAAUGGACAAAGUGUACCAUAUUUCUGAUAAAAAUAAAUACAAGCACAAAAAUAAAGAAUUUCGUUUUCCACCCAGAGGACACCCUGACCUUUAAACACCUUUACUUUAGAGUAAAAGAACAACAGAAAAAACAAAACAAACAAACAAAAAAACAAAAAACUUAAUUGCACUUUCUUAAAUCUGUCUAAUUGCACUGAGCCUUUUGGGUUUUGAAGAUUCUGGGAAGCGUCUCCGGUUCUUAAUCAAACCUGACUUGCGGCGGCGGCGACGACGCCUCUCCUGGCUCAUGCUUUCUAUUUAAACAGAUCUUAAAUCACUAUGGGCUUGUACAUAAAUAUAGUAUGUUUUAUCACAAAAAA